GGGCUCACCUGACGGGGACGAUGCCGAGGUCUUCGGGCGCCGCCAGGCAGCGCCAAGCGCCGGCCAGGAACUCCCGGCACCAGAGGAAGGCGCGGAGGCGCGUGGGCCCGGGCACGGCCGGGGAGCCCCGGGGCGAGCUGGGCACGGCGAAGUCCCCUCCGGACCCGUUUCCCUCAGGCGACUCCAUCCCGCGGCCCGCUCGCCUGCGCUGGCCGGGGCCCGCCAAUCAGAGCGCCGCUCGCCUCAGCGCCUCGGCCAAUGGCGGACGCGCCGGGCCUUCGCCCCACCCACCGGGCCCCGGCCCGCCCAAUCGCCUCUCCGUCGCUUGGACGGCCCCUUUCCCUCUCAUUCGCCGCGCGUCCUCCUUGGCUCCGGCUUUGAUUGGCCUCUCGCGGCGUCAACGUCGACCGAGCUGGUGACGGAGAGGUGGGUGCGGCCUUGGUGAGGCCCCACCCCGUAAGCCCGCGGCCAAUCCGGAGCCGCCGCUCCAGACCCGCCUCUGCAGCGGGAGGCCAAUCACAGCGGUCAGGGAGAAGGGAAGCUUGGGCGCGGGAGACACGUGUUCGAGUGCUUGUGGGAACGCGCAGGCGGGUCGGGGUCGGGCUUGGGGACUCCGGCCAAGCUUUGGGACUGACGGUGGGUUCAGCUUCUGCAACCCCAGUGCUUGAGAUAUAGAGCAUGGGGUGAGGUGGGUGGGGGGCAGGGCCGGAUUCAGGUUGGAUGAGGCCCUCAGCUCCUGAAGGUAAUGGGGCCCUUGAUAUGUCCAGCUGUCCUUUGCCCACGUUGUUUUUUGUGUGGAAUAGAUGCUAUAUGGUCAUUGAUGGACCUAAUAGGUAUCUCAAGCCAUUUGCACAUCACAAAAUAUGUAUUUUAGCAAAGUAAUUGUUGAACUGAAAUACAGUUAAGAAGAAGUGAAUAAUGAAUAGUUAAAUAACUUAACAUGAUUUUUUAUUCAUAACAAACUUAAUAAUGCAUGCACAUGGGCAUUUGGCAAUAACAAAAGUUCCUUUGGAAACACAAUUGACAAAGACUCGUAAUCUAGUCUCUAGAAACUUGCUAUAACAUGAAAUAAUAAUUGCUGUAAAUAUAUAAUGCAAACUACUUUGUUGCUGUUGUUUAGUCGUGUCCGCCUCUUUGUGACCCCAUGGACCAGAGCACGCCAGGCACUCCUGUCUUCCACUGCCUCCCGCAGUUUGAUCAAACUCAUGCUGGUAGCUUUGAGAACACUGUCCAACCAUCUUGUCCUCCGUCGUCCCCUUCUCCUUGGGCCCUCCAUCUUUCCCAACAUCAGGGUCUUUUCCAGGGAGUCGAGUCUUCUCAUGAGGAGGCCAAAGUCUUGGAGCCUCAGCUUCAGGAUCUGUCCUUCCAGUGAGCACUCAUGGCUGAUUUCCUUCAGAAUGGAGAGGUUUGAUCUUCUUGUAGUCCAUGGGCCUCUCAAGAGUCUCCUCCAGCACCAGAAUUCAAAAGCAUCCAUUCUUUGGCGAGCAGCUGUCUUUAUGGUCCAGCUCUCACUUCCAUACAUCACUACUGGGAAAACCAUGCAAACUACUAAUUUUUAUAAAUAGCAGAAUGUAGGCACCCUCUAUAUAGAAAUGAGCAAACAAGGGAUAUUUUAGGGAGCAGGCUAUCAGGCGGGGUCGCAAAGGAAAGUCUUCCACAACAUAGUGCAUAGUUUGGACUCUGGAACUCCCUGCCACAGGAGCCAGUGACAACUACCAAUCCCAAUUGCUUUCAAAGAGGAUUAGACAAAUUCAUGGAGGAGGAGAGGGCUAUUCAGGGCCUAUGCUCUGAGGCAGCCAUGCUCCUGAGUCCUAGGUUCUGGAAGCUGCAGGAGGGGAGAGUUGCUCUUGCGCUCGGAUCCUGCUUCCAGUUUUCCCACAGGCAUCUGAUCAGCCACUGUGAGAGCCGGAGGCUGGACUAGAUGGCCCCCCUUUGGCCCAAUCCAGUAGCAUCUUUUUAGGUUCUUAAAUUUAGACAAACAGAAGCAGAGCAAUGCUGGUGAUGGGGUGUUAAAAUGUGUCUGGAAUGGGUCACGUUUAUCCAUAAAGUCCUACCUCACGUUUCUGUUCCUUGGGUGUCUGUUUUUAACUUCCUGAUGGCUUUAUGUUAUGGUUUUAUGGUUUUAUUGCUGUAAACCGCUUUGAUAUAUUUUUCUUUUAUAAUAUAGCAGUAUUCAAGUCUUUUUUUAUAUACAAAUUCUUCCCCCUGAGAUUCCUAAGGUUCGUAGCCAGAGGGGGAAUUUGCCAAACUGGGGCAACAGAGAAACUGACCAGCUCCCUGCAUACAAUGAGAGAAUUCUCUGCAAUGCUGGUUCCAUGGCAGACCUGUGGUUUGGGUAGUGAGGACACCUUGGUGUGCAAGGAUUUGCAAAGAGUUUUCCAGGACGUUGAAAACCCCUGCACUGGAUAAUCUUAUUUGCCUCUUUUGAACUUCGCUGUUUUCUUCCAGAUGCCAGCAAACGUGGAGAUCAAGGCGCGGGUUCGGGACCGGGCAGAGCUACUAAGGAACGCUGAGCGGCUGAGCGGAUCCCCAGGCUGUGUCAUUCUUCAGACAGACACUUUUUUUCCUGCCCCCAACGGGCGACUGAAACUUCGGGACUUCAGGGUGAGUGAGCAGAUGGGAGUCUUUCCGUGCUUAGAUGGAGGGUGUCUCUGAACUCUGAUAAUCUGCUUCUUUGUCUAGUCAGAGCAGUGGUUCUCAGAAUAAAAAUUCGCUUGCGCCACAUCAUUUUUUUAAAUUGAUAAGAAAUACGUGGGAAAACAAAAAGGAACAAUGCAGAACGCAACUUCUUUAGAAUAUAAUCAUGGGGCAUCCAGGUGUAUAAAACGAUGCAACUACAUAAGAACAUGAAUCAUUCCCAAAAUAUAAUUAUAAACGAGCCUCUUAUGUAUGUACCUUAAAUAUGCAUACAUACUCAAUGAGAGGUGUGAGUGAGAUUGAUUUUUUGCCGGAUAAUCUCAUUUAUAUUAGGUCUAAUUUGAGACAAACAAACUCUCUUCAUCUACACAAAGAAGAGUUUCUCUUUUCUAAUCUUUCAGAUUGGUCAGAGUUGAAAAUCCCUGUUCACAACAAUGUGACAUGGAGAACUGUAGAAGAAUGGCCAAUGCUCUUGAAUAUAUAUAUAUAUAUAUAUAUAUAUAUACACACACACACAGUGGUACCUCGGGUUACAUACGCUUCAGGUUACAUAUGCUUCAGGUUACAGACUCCGCUAACCCAGAAGUAUUACCUCGGGUUAAGAACUUUGCUUCAGGAUGAGAACAGAAAUCGUGCGGCGGCAGCAGGAGGCCCCAUUAGCUAAAGUAGUGCUUCAGGUUAAGAACAGUUUCAGCUUAAGAACGGAUCUCCGGAACAAAUUAAGUACUUAACCCAAGGUACCAUUGUGUAUAGAUAUAGAUAUAUAUAAAAUGAUACUGUGCUAUACUACAUCGAAAUAUUUGAAUGUUUCUUUGAUUAUCCUUGAAUCUCCCUGCCACACCCAUAUGGCAAACCACUCCCUUUGAGAACCACUGGGUCAGACGAUAGAGCAGGUUGUUUUGUGUGUACCUACUGCACAUCUCUUUUUAUUGCCCCACCCACUUUCGCCUCUGGCUCCACCCACCAUUGACUCGGGUUGCGCUGUGGGUUAAACCACAGAGCCUAGGACUUGCUAAUCAGAAGGUCGACGGUUUGAAUCCCCGCGACGGGGUGAGCUCCCGUUGCUCUGUCCCUGCUCCAGCCAGCCUAGCAGUUUGAAAGCACAAAGUGCAAGUAGAUAAAUAGGUUCUGCUCUGGCGGGAAGGUAAACGGCGUUUCCAUGCGCUGCUCUGGUUUGCCAAAAGCGGCUUAGUUCUGCUGGCCACAUGACCUGAGCUGCACGCCGGCUCCCUCGGCCAGUAAAGCGAGAUGAGCGCCACAACCCCAGAGUCAGACAUGACUGGACGUAAUGGUCAGGGGUCCCUUUACCUUUACUGCACACAGGUAAACAUCUCUUUUUUUAUUGCCCCACCCACUUUCGCCUCUGGCUCCACCCACCAUUGACACGUGGCCCUUGAGCUGAAGACGGGUCCCCAGCCCUGGCCUUGAACUUCCAACUGCUGCCCGUUUCCCCCUGCUUUAUUGGACUGACCUCACAAGCGAGCCGUCAGCCUCCAGGAGACCAAAGUUUAAACUCUGCAGGUGGGUGGAUAAAUUAUUAGACAGGAAAUCUGUCGUCAGUCCAAGGGUGAGGCCAUUCUGGAGUUCUCUUAGCUCAGAACUAGGCAGCGGUCGAAGUCAAGAGCCUGAUAACCAUCUCUAGUAGUACUUUAAAUCCCUUCUCAAGGAUCCUUUCAGUUUCCAGAGUGCUUUGUGGACUCGUAUGAUUUUUCUUCCGAAAGAUCUUGUGAGGGAGAGGCCAGGACCCAUUUUUACAGGUGGGGAGCUGAAAAAUCUCCAUUCCUUUUAGGUAGUGGUGAUUGAAAAGCCACAUUUGCAAGAGAAAAAAGGUUCUUUUUAUCAUAUGUAGUAAGGUUAAAGCUUACUGGGAAAUGAUGCAUAAUGAAUUGAAAAGGAUGCUUAAAAUAACCUUUGUAAAAAAACCCAGAAGCUUUUCUUUCAGGAAUUAUAAGGACAGAACUACCUAAAAGGUAUAGAAAUUUAUUCAUGUAUGCGACAAUAGCAGCAAGACUGUCACUCGCCCAAAAGUGGAAAGAAGCAAAAGAAUGGAUACAAAAAUCUAGGGAAUACGCAGAAAUGGCGAAACUUACCGGAAGAAUAGGAAAUCAAGAUAACAAACUGUUUAUAAAAGAAUGGAAAUGGUUUGUUGAAUAUUUACAAACACACUGUAAACAGAUAAGAACAUAGGCAGGAUUAUUGCAAUAACCUGCAGUUUUAUAAGAAUAUAUAUUUAAAGUAGAAGAAUAAAUGAAUAAGUUAAUUUGGAAUAUGCAGAAAAUGUAAAAAAUAAAUUUAAGGAACUGCAGAAAGAGGGGGAAGGAAGAAAUGUUAAAAUGAUUGUAAAUUUAUUGAAGUGUAUAAAAUUGAAAAUUGCAAAUAUUUUUUUUUAAAUGAUAUUUAUUAAAGUUUCAAAGAAAAGAUUACAUAAAUAAAAAGGGAAAAAAAGAAAGAAAUAAGAAAGAAAGAAAAAUACAAAAUACAGAAAAAAGAUAAAAAACACUUAAAAAACACAUCAAUCUUUCCAUGCCUUACAUUUCAUUUCCUUGCUUCCCUGACCUCCUCACACCUCCCUUUUUUGUAUUCCAGUUCUAUUAAUUAAUUCAGCAAUUCCUUUCCCUCUUUGUUUUUGUCUUAAUCCUUUAACUUAAUAUAUUAUAACUUUAGAUUUUCACCUGUUAACAAUCCAUUUUUACAUACACCUUAAUAACAUUACUGCUAAAAUCACUUAACUUCAUUCUGACAUCAUUCUAACAUUCAUUAAUUUUGCAGUAUUUCUGUAGAUAGUCUUUAAAUUUCUUCCAAUCUUCUUCCACCAACUCUUCUCCCUGGUCUCGGAUUCUGCCAGUCAUUUCCGCCAGUUCCAUAUAGUCCAUCACCUUCAUCUGCCAUUCUCCGUAAUCGGGCUCCUUUGCAAAUUGGGGGGGUGCAAAAGGUGCCCGCCGAGUCCCACGGUCACAGGCUUCACCCGCCUGUGAUUUUUUCAAGGGUCCCAGCUCGCCGCAGCGGAGCAGACCCGAUUCCCGUAGAGCUGGUCCCUCCAGAUCAGAGGGAGUCCGCCAUUACCGAUGGCGCCACCCCGGAAGUCCUGAAAAUUGCAAACAAAAAGAAAAUAAGAGCUACAUUUGCAAAAAUGAGAUAAUAAUAAUUUUAUUAUUUAUACACCGCCCUGGAGGGAGGGAAUCCAUUUGUGGCAUGUUGCAUUUCUUCUCAGACUGAAUUCUGGGAAAUAGGACGGUGCAGGGGAAACAGGGGCAUACUUCACAUCCUGAUGAAUGAAAAUGGUCAUACCACGAACUUCCUUUCAUCUCGGGGGCAGCUGUUUCAUCUCCCAUGGGCUGACGCCAAAUCUUCUCUUCCCAGGACGGCCGUGGGCAGCUGGUCUUUUAUAACCGCCCUGACGCCGAAGGCCCCAAGCUCUCACAUUAUGCCAUCUCACCCACGGAUGAUCCCACCGGGCUUACGGUAAUUCCUUGGGGGGGGGGGAGCUGUUUCUCGCUGUGCUUUCUAAAGGCUCCUGGAUGCUGCCCAGAAGCCCACCUGGAUGGGGGAAUCCCUAAUAAUAAUAAUAAUUUAUACCCCGCCAACUUACUUCCGGGUUUUCGGCGUUUGAGAACCAAGGUACCGCAGUAAUGCAUUUGUUUUAGUGUUUGAAUUGUAAACUGCUUUGGGUGCCUUAGCAGAAAGGCGGGAUGUGAACCCAGCGAAUAAUAUUGCUGCCGCUGACCUCCUCUGACUGGCAGCUGCUGUCCAAGGCCUGAGAUGCAGAGGAGGAGAGCCCUUUCCCAGCUCUCCUCCCUUGAGAGCCUUUCAAUCAGGGUCCGAACUCAGGACCUUUCGUGUGGCAUGCGCAGGCUGGUUGGUAGACCUGGUGGAGAACCUGAUAUGUGCAUGUGUGAAUGCUGCCCUCCCUCUGCCUGACCCCCACUCGCUCUUCCCCUUGCAGGCUGUGCUGUCCCAGGCCCUUGGGGUGCAGGGGACAGUGAAGAAGGAGCGGCGCCUCUACCUGGUGGGCCAGACCCGUGUCCAUGUGGAUCGUGUGGAAGGGCUGGGCGACUUCAUGGAGCUGGAGGUGAGGGUAGCUGGGGGUGCUAGGUCAGCCGGCGGACGUGAAAUCUGGCCCUGGAGGGAGGCAUUGCUCAGACAAGAGGCUUGGGAGUUGAGACCGAAGGCAGGAUUUGGCCUGGAGAAAGGAGCAAAGUGGAAUAAAGGCCCAGUGCGAUCUGGUUGCACCAGGGGAGAGGAAUCUGGUCAAGGUAGCAGAUCCGAGGGGAGGUGGAAGAAAUCUAGGCAGGUCAGGGGGACUGGACAGAAGUGCAGGCAGAGUUCUUCCAGCUUCUUUUGGCAAGGGAUGCGAGGAAACCAGAAGACAAGAAACCAAAUCAAACCGUCUUGCUAAAUUGGGUUCUAGUUAUGGAGUUGGGCAGAGAGUCCUCUAUAUUAUCUAUACAGGUGAGGGGGCAGCAUAGGGGUGCUUUUGUUUAAUCGCUGCAGCUCCCUGCCUAGACCUGAUGAGGCCCCAUCCAGAACCACCCUACCAGGACUGCAGCAGACUCUGCUUUGAAGAUGGAGGCUGGGAGCUGGGGGCACUGUUAUGCAGUGGUUCCCCUCCUUCCUCCUGGGCCAUGUCCAGAAAGUGGUGUUGGGGGAUGAGUGUUCAGACCCCUGGGCUCUCACUUGUGGGGUCCCUCAGGGUUCUGUCCUCUCCCCCAUGCUUUUCAACAUCUACAUACAGCCCCUGGGAGAGAUCAUCAGGGGGUUUGGGCUGGGUGUUCAUCAGCAGGCGGAUGAUACCCAGCUCUACCUCUUUUUUAAAUCAGAACCAGUGAAGGCAGUGAAGGUCCUGUGUGAGUGUCUGGAGGCGGUUGGAGGAUGGAUGGCGGCUAACAGAUUGAGGUUGAAUCCUGACAAGACAGAAGUACUGUUUUUGGGGGACAGGAGGUGGGCAGGUGUGGAGGACUCCCUGGUCCUGAGUGGCGUAACUGUGCCCCCGAAGGACCAGGUGCGCAGCCUGGGAGUCAUUAUGGACUCCCAGGUGUCCAUGGAGGCGCAAGUCAGUUCUGUGCCCAGGGCAGCUGUCUGCCAGCUCCAUCUGGUAAGCAGGCUGAGACCCUACCUGUCCGCAGACAGCUCUACAUGGGGCUACCUUUGAAGGUGAUCCAGAAACUGCAACUAAUCCAGAAUACAGCAGCUAGACUGGUGACUGGGAGCGGCCACCGAGACCAUAUAACACUGGUCUUGAAAGACCUACAUUGGCUCCCAGUACGUUUCCAAGCACAAUUCAAAGUGUUGGUGCUGACCUUGAAAGCCCUAAACGGCCUUGGUCCGGUAUACCUGAAGGAGUGUCUCCACCACCAUCGUUCUGCCCGGACACUGAGGUCCAGCUCCAAGGGCCUUCUGGCGGUUCCCUCACUGCGAGAAGCCAAGUUAUAGGGAACCAGGCAGAGGGCCUUCUCGGUAGUGGCGCCCGCCCUGUGGAACGCCCUCCCAUCGGAUGUCAAAGAGAAAAACAACUACCAGACUUUUAGAAGACAUCUGAAGGCAGCCCUGUUUAGGGAAGCUUUUAAUGUUUGAUGUAUUACAGUAUUUUAAUAUUUUUCUAGAAGCUGCCCAGAGUGGCUGGGGAAGCCCAGCCAGAUGGGCGUGGUAUAAAUAAUAUAAUAUUAUUAUUAUUAUUAUUGACAUGCACACUCAGAAUUGGCUUCAGUCUAGGUUUUCCACCUCACUGGUAGACCAGCCCACUCGCCUUGCCCAAGGGGAUCUCCCCCUAGAGCAGGAAACACAGAAGACGUUCCAACAACACGUUACGUGGAAUCGCCUUCCCGGCCACCAACUUGGAUGACUUUCAAAGAGGGUUAGAGAAACUCAUGGAGGGGGAGAGGGAUAGCGAUGUCCACAAGCCAGGAUAGCUAGACUCUGCCUCCAUGGUUGGAGGCAGUAAAUGCUUCUGAAUCCCAGUUGCUUGAAACCUCAGGAGGGGAGAGCUGCUCUUUUGCUCAAAUUAUGCUUGUGGGUUUGCCUUUGGGGUAUCUGGUUGGCCAACGUGAGAGCAGGAUGGUGGACUGGAAGGGCCCUCGGCCUUGCCCAGCCAGCUCUUCUUAGGUUCUGUUCCAUCCCCGUAGGUGGUUCUUCAGGAGCAACAGAGCCCCCAGGAUGGCGAAGAGGUGGCCCGGCAGCUGAUGAAGGAGCUGGGCGUUUGCCAGGAGGACCUUCUGGCAGGGGCCUACCUGGACCUCCUGCUGGCGGGAGGAGAGCCUCGCCCCUGACGCUGGACCUUCCUGGCCCAUUGGAAGGUCCUCUUUCGGGAUAGUGUUUCCUUAUCUGCUAGAUAAACAAAUCAAAACACAACAGGUGUAAGAAGGGAUGGAAACUGAGCUGGGCUCAGCAGAGAAGGUGGCUUCUUUUCCCAUCUGCAGUUCAUCUCACCUCCGUAGUCCAGACUUGGUCUUAAAUAAAGUCAAAAAUCUAUUCCCCCCCCCUCAAAGAUCUUUACUGAAACUUAACAUAUAUACCGUAUUUUUUGCACCAUAACACUCACUUUUUUCCUCCUAGAAAGUAAGGGGAAAUGUCUGUGCGUGUUAUGGAGGAAAUGCCUACGGGUGGCAUGCCUACAGAUUUUCCUCCUCUAAAAACUAUGUGCGUGUUAUGGUCGGGUUCGUGUUAUAGAGCGAAAAAUACGGUACAUAAUAACCAAAAUUCCCAAUGAUUCCCUCACAUAAAAUAUAAUAUCCAAAUUACAACAGCUGCAUAAUUAUACACUUAAUUAUAAAACCCACCACCCACCCUCCACUUCCCCUCCACAGCAAUUCGACUUAUUUAUAUUUCUUUCUACCUUUUCCCCUUGCAUUCUAUAAUAAAUUAUUUUUGUUAAAUUCUGAUUUUUCCUUCUUUCUUUAUUGGUUUUGUUAUUGCUUACAUUUUUUAGUCUAAGCCUAUUAGCAUAGCAUUUUUAGAACAAUAUUUUGACAUAUAAUCUUCGAAAUACUUCCACUCCAUUCUUAACUUUUGAUUUGAUUGAUAUCUUAUAAUUGAAGUUAAUUUUGCCAAUUCGAUAUACUCACUUAAUUUACAGAAACCUACUGCAGCUUCAAAUGGACUGAAAAGCCCAGAGCUCAAAGCUGCGUUGCCUUUUGUGGCCAGAAUGUCCUUUGGAUUUAGCCUCCCUGCCCCACCCCAAAUAUACUGGCAGCUCAGGCAAUUCUCUUGGGCAGCAGCAGCAGCAGUGCUGGGGGCAUGAAAAGUGGCUUCACACAACCCUAGAGUCCUCUGUGCCAUUUCAAGGGCACCCAGAGUGCACCACCCGGGCCCCAGCAAAAUGCCUCUGCUGAAAUGUAUCUGAGAAUGUGGGUUCAUCACAAUAAACCUGUUUAUCACAAAGACGCUGCAAGGGUCUUUGUUGUUUUAUCUACAAAUGUGCCCCUCUGCAACCGCACUGACCCCUCUGGAUCCUGGGUGCUCUGUCUCACAGCCAUUACGUGCAACUGGUUGCCAGGCUCUGUGUGGUUUUGUUUCCAUGACCCUGUGGCUGGCUUAAUGUACAGAGCGGUGGCUGCAUAAGACAGGGGUAGGCAAACUAAGGCCCGGGGCCGGAUGCAGCCCAAUGGCCGCCUCAGUCCGGCCCGUGGACAGUCCGGGAAUCAGCGUGUUUUUACAUGAGUAAUAAUAAUAAUUAAUAAAUAAUAAUACAUUUUUUUAAUACCCUGCCUCAUUUUAAAAGUAGCCAAUAGAUCAAGACCAUAAGGGGAAGGAAACAUAAGGGUCAGACUGAGUCCAAACCAAAGGCCAGGCG